UUGCCACGUUGCCGCCGGCGGCUUCGCGCAGCCCGACCAGAAGGGGGAGAGGUUCGGCAAAGUCCGGAAACGCUCGGCAAUGGCCGGAGGCGGCUUUUAAGGAGAGGAGCGGCAGCCGGCUUGCCCUACCCCGCCGCCGCUCGGCGCGGGGAAACUCGCUGGCGUGAGCGCGGGGGCCGCGAUGCUGACCGAUAGCUUGGUGGAGGAAUUCGAGAUCCGCGAGGAUGAGCCCUGGUACGACCAGCAGGACUUGCAGCAAGAUCUUCACCUUGCUGCUGAGCUUGGUAAGACACUCCUGGACCGUAACACUGAACUAGAAGAGUCUUUACAGCAAAUGUACGCCACAAAUCAAGAACAACUGCAGGAGAUUGAGUAUCUCACAAAGCAAGUGGAGCUCUUGCGUCAGAUGAACGAUCAGCAUGCCAAAGUCUAUGAGCAGCUGGAUGUGACAGCAAGAGAGCUGGAAGAUACUAAUCAAAAACUAGUUGCAGACAGUAGAGCUUCCCAACAAAAGAUAUUAAGUUUGACAGAGACUAUUGAAUACCUGCAAACGCACAUAGAUGACCUGCAACGACAAGUAGAAGAACUGAAAAAGCCUGGGCGAGGCCGGAUGAACCAUGAGAGAUCUGACCAGCCGAGAUCAAUGCAUAGUUUCUCAUGUUUGAAGGAGCUGUAUGAUCUUCGCCAGUAUUUUGUUUAUGACCACAUGUUUGCAGAAAAGAUUACUUCGAUGGAUAAUCAGCUAAGUCCUCUAGAAGAAGAAAAUGAGAACUUAAAAAAGGCAGUUACAGUUCUGCAAGCCCAACUGAACCUAGAAAAAGAGAAGAGGGUAACAAUGGAAGAGGAAUAUAGUCUUAUGGUAAAAGAAAAUUGUGACCUUGAACAGAGGCUUGCUGAUAUAGACUUGUAUCGGGCUCGUGCAGAGGAGUUGGAAGUGGAAGUAGCUGAAAUGCGACAAAUACUUCAGUCUGAAAACACAUUACAUAAAACAGAGAAAUUGGUGCCAGAAUCCUUUUUCAUUUCAUUCAAGGAGCCUUUAGAAAGGGAGCUUGGUCAGAGCCCAGCAGAUGAUGGGCUUCUAACUGUAUCAGAGUUUGAGAAGGCGGCGCUGAAACGAAGCAGCAGUGAAACCUUCCUGAGCAGUGCUGCAGGGGGAGACAUUCUAAGGGACCAUGAAGAAACAUGUAUUAGAAGAGCUGAAGCUGUGAAACAACGAGGAGUCUCUGUACUUAAUGAAGUUGAUGCUCAGUAUAAUGCUCUGAAAGUGAAGUAUGAGGAACUUUUGAAGAGGUGUCAAAUGGCUGAAGAUUCUUUGAAAAACAAGGCUGUACAAACACCGAAGCAGUAUUCCAAAGACCUAACUGUGGGGAAUACCCAGUAUGAUCUUCCAACUAGCAACCAAGAAUUCACAAAUGUGGAGUUAAGUGACUCUCCCACAAAUGUUCUUCCUGAAUAUAAAGCACUCUUCAAGGAAAUUUUUAGCUGUAUCAAAAAAACAAAGGAAGAAAUAGAUGAACACAGAGCUAAGUACAAGUCCCUCUCCUCUCAGCUGUAACAUUGAACAUGCUGAUGACCUGUUUUCUAUUGAUGACUGAUCUGUUAGUCAAGAAGGGGAAAAACUUCACACUGAUGUCAGAAGGCCCCUUAUACAAUGUAUUUCUUGAGCACUCAAAAUGAAUGUUUUGAAUUGGCUUGUAGGCCUGUAGUUAACAAUCUAGUUAGUUAACAGCUAGCCUCCCUAUACCUAUGUAGCAAUAGGUUAAAUGUUGUUUAGCGCUGUCACACAAACUAGUGGUUGUAAAGCAAGCAAACAUCAUAGCUUAAUACUACACUACUACUUCAUACUACACUUAAUCUCUGGCCAGAGCAGUUAACUAACUCUAGUUCCCUUAGUCCACUUAAAAAGUAACAGAGCUAAGAAAUCUGUACUCUCACAAGGAGACAAACUAAAGCUUUCCUUUGGUUUACACUGAUGAUCUAGCCCUGUAACUAUAUCUCUGUGGAAAAUAACUAAAACCAAAGCCCAUGACCAGUGUUCUGGGCAGCCUCUCCUCAGUUCUUGAGAAUGAAAGUAGCAGUUUAGCUGAGCUUGCUUUGGCAGGGAGGUGGAGAGCUGGCACAGCAGCCUCAACUGUGCUUGGUUUAAGCUAGUACCAUGUUUUGACAUGCAGUAAGCUCUCCCCCAAUUAGUAUAAAUGUCUUCCUGUUAAGAAAGGAUUUGAUGUAAAGUUUGCGUGGCUUUUUAGGUAUGGUUUCUUAUGUAGGGCACUUUGUCUGAAGGCAAGAUACUGUGAAUUGAUGAUGUAUGUUAUUUGGGACCUACUGUUCUUUGGUGGAAUGUCUGCAAAGUACAUUUUUAUGUGUAUUUGGUAAGAUAGAAAGUUGCAAUUUAGCUAUUUAACUUUAGGAGUAGUAUUGAUGUAGUGGUAUAGCUUUUAGUCUUACAAACCACAAACUCCAAGUGCUUGAAGGAGACAGGCCAGGUGACAACUUAUCACAUUGUUUUGUCUCUUGCUACCAGUGUCAGCUUCUGUGGAUGAAUUCCAAGCUGCCUGGGGGGUGGGAGGAUGGACACAACUCUACCAGAACACAUCCUGCUGAAAACAGGGGACCAUGCUCUUGUUCUUCCUCCCCUUCUCCACUCCCUAAUAAUAAUCUAUAUAUACCGAAAUUCUGAAAAGCAAAGACCAUGAAGUAUGUUCUUUAAAACUGUUGCAAAGUUCUAAGAAAACAAAGGUUAAGAUAUUAAAAGGGGGAAGGCACAAUGAAAGGUGACAUCCUUUUCUUUAUUAAAGGUUGUUGGGAUCAACUUUCUGCCCGA